AUGGCGGAUGGAGGAAAUGAAGGAAACAGGCAACAUCCACACAGUCUCCAGGGACUGCUACAUAUGGCCAUUGAGGCUGGUACAGGAUCGGCCGCACCAGACCAAAUGGAACAGAUGUCUGAAGAGAGAAGGCGGUGGCUCCAGGAAGCCAUGCGCAGUGCCUUUGCAGGCCAGGUUGAUGAAGUGCAGCAAAUCAAAGAAUGCCUACAGGAACUGAACACAGAUACAAGUAAUGAAAAUGGAGAUGAUCGGAAGGAGAGGGCAUUGCAAUUGCUUGCAGACCUGUGUGAAAACCUUGAUAAUGCUUCUGCUCCUUUUUCCAUUCUGACAGAUUUCUGCAAGUUGGGUGGGAUGGAACUGCUGUUGAAUCGCUACUUGAGCUGCCCUGAAGCUGAGCUUCGCUGGAGAGCUGCUGACCUGGUUGGCAUCUGUAGCCAGAAUGUACCAUUUGUUCAGGAGUGUGCUCUAUGUCUUGGUGCUAUGAGCAAAUUGCUACAAUUACUGGAUCUUGACAGCAGUGAACAAGUCAGGAUAAAAUCCUUUUUUGCAAUUUCUUGCCUGGUUCGGGAGCAAGAAGCUGGGCUGGCUGAAUUUGUGAAGAUGGAUGGGUUUUCUGUUUUGAUGCGUGCCAUGCAGAGUGAUGUAGAGAAACUAAAAAUAAAAUCUGCUUUUUUGCUGCAGAAUCUGCUGUACAGCCAUCCAGAACAUAAAGGUACACUAUGUUCUAUGGGGAUGAUUCAGCAACUGGUAUCUUUGCUUCGCAGCGAGCAUAGCCCUUUCCAUGAACAUGUCCUCUCUGCCCUGUGCAGGUAA